UUUGCUCUUCCACAUUCCCACUUCUCCCUCUCACUCUUCCAGGUACACGCCCUUUGACUUGUCAGGGGGGAAAAGUUUUAAGGGAAAGAAAAAAAAACCUAAAUCACGGAAGAGAUUCUGCUGUCCUACUAGUUUGGCAAGUUCUCUGGGCUCAAAGCGGCGUAGAAAGGCGGAGAAGAGGGCAGAAACUGAAAUUUGCGCACAUCUGUACACUUCGCUUGCACUGCGGACGGUAUACGAGGAGUCAUGGAAGAUGCCAUUCAGACACUGGUGAAGGUCUACCUAAAGUCGUCCAAGGGAAAAGAGUGUCUAGGAAAGAAAGAUUUCCAGGGCCUUGUUAAGGGCCAGCUCUCCAACAUCCUCUCGGAUGCAGACAGUAAGGAAGCAGUCAACAACUUGAUGACCCAGGAGUUGGACGCCAACCAAGACGGCAAGGUCGGCUUUGAGGAGUACAUGCAGCUGGUCGGAUACCUGGCAGUCUCGCUCAGUGAGGAGCGUACUCGCGCCAAAGAGGAACCGGCCCAAAAUGCUGCGUCUGAACAAGUGGUACUAACCACCCCAGACAAAGAAGAGGAGAAGCCGGAAGCAAACGCAGAGGCAAAGGAUGAAGCUAAACCAGAGGCGAAUCAAGAGCCAAAGGCAGAAGCUACCGCUGAGAUAAAGGUAAACGCAAACGCAGAUGGAAACAUAGAAGUAAAAGUAGAAGCCAAGGCAGACGGGGAGACUGAGCCGGAAGCAACAAAGGAGAGCCCAACAGAAGCUGCGGCGACGGCGGUGGAGGCAGCGGCGACGGCAGCGGCAACGGCGGUGGAGGCAGCGGCGACGGCAGUGGAAAAUGCUGUGAACGAAGAGGAGAAAGCGGAGGAGACAGAAAAGGUGGAAGACGCUGCUAAGAAGCUGGCUGCAGCUGUGGAGGGAGAAGUGGAGAAGAUUGAAGAGGCGACCUCAUAAGGGACAAUCAAUUCUUUCACCAAUGAUCACACCCACACGCUUACACACAACACUACACACAGCACGGGAUUAAUGCCAAAAUAAAAUGAAAGCCACUAAAGAUAUUCAAAUGAAAAAAAAGUUUUGAUAAAAGCCCAAACACUACAAACCCAACUUUGAAGAAACCCACUUAUUUUUAUAUGAUUAAUAACACAUGUACAUGACAGAUGAAUUAUUGCUUAGUACUACCACUAUGUUCAUAUGUACAGCAUGACCAUCCCACUAUAUAGCACAUUUACCUCAUGAUAUUCAAUUAUGAUUGCAUGCAGACGUUCAUAUCAUAUGCAUGCCAUAUCCCUGUGAAAUCUUUUCUGCUAAAUAUGAUUUACGUGCAGCAGCACACUGACUAAUGUGGCCAAUGUAUGUUAACACACCACUUAAGCCAAGAUGUUUUGUAAUCCUCUCUGUUUCCAUCUUUUUUUUUUAUCUGGGUCUUUUCAACUUUGCUAUGCUACUUAGCUUAUUGUACAUUUGAUCUUGGUUAAACAGCAGCAGUGUAUAUCGUGCUAAGCAGUAAUGGCUUAAAACAUUAGUUGGACUUGUGGGGGGAAUGGUUUUCUUGUCGAGAGCUAGAUAAGAGUGUCAACAAAACUCUUAUUAGCCAUUGAAAAUGAAGUCACUGUUAGCAGCUGGUUAGCAAGCAUCAGAACUGUAACAAGCUAACUGUAACAAGCUAGCCUGGCUACAUCCAAAACUAAAAAAAAUCAAAUUUUCAAGCACCUCUAAAGCACCCUUAUUAGCACAUUAUAUCUUUUUUUAUUAAUAUAAAAACUAAGAGCUUUAGAGGUAAGCUAGCUGUUUCCCCUUGUAUAUGCAUGUGCUAGACUAUGCUAAUAAGCAGUAGCUUAUUUGCUCAUUAGCCCUGUUCAGACAGUCCAUUUAAGUUGCAAUAUUUACUCCACUGUGAUGUCUAGCCUUCAAUAUUGAAUGUCACAGAGGUGUGUGUGUGUGUAUGUGGAGCUACUGCUUUUUCCUAUCACCAAUAUUACGCCAUUUUGGAAUUAAUAUUAAUGCAAGAAUGCUUAAUGGCGACAGAGCUUAGCCUAUAAAUUACAACAUUUACAAGCUACCCUACAGCAACCUAUUCAACUUGUCAUAUCUUGUUUCUUUAAUCUGUUUAAAGCCAGAGUAAACAAGAUUAAACUACUCAGUUAAACCAUUUUAAAGAGUAAGCUGUAGACUAGCCGUUCCCAUUUUACCAGCGUCUAUGCUGUAUGCUAAUCCAUUGCUUAGCUAGUCAUUUCAACCGUCAAGAUAUGAGAGUGGUGUAAAUCUUGUCGUCAUUUGGUAAGAAAGCUGGUCAAAGUUUUAAAGGCAAGCAUUCUUCCUGUUUCAAGCAUUUAUGCUAGUCUAGGUUGUCACCGGCUGUAGUUUAUUUUCUACUACACAAAUUUAAGAGUAUAGUAUCAAUCUUUUCAUCUGACUCUCGACAAGAAAAAAUGGCUGAUCUUUUUCCCAUAAGCUCAUACUAUUCCUAUGUGGGCUGCAUGAAAAAUCUGUCAAUAACACUAUUUUUUUUAACAUUCUCAUAUUUGAAUUCACAUUGCUAUGGAGCUGAUCUGGCAUGACAAUAAACAAAUUGUUUUGCUGAAGCUUUGCAUUACUUUAGCUCAUCUUCAUUGUGUACUCAGUGCCCCGCCCUCUUCUCUUUUUUUCCUUUUAAUCCACUUUAUGGGCUCUCUCUUUUUUUUUUUGAAUUUCGCAGAUAAUUCACUUUGCGUUGAGCCUACAGUUUAUUUUCUAUAUUUGUUGUCGACCAGGGAUUAGGAUCUUGAAGAUCAGGUGUGGCCCUUAUCUAAAUAAUUAAGUUUGAAGAAUGGAAUCCACACCAAGAGGACCCCUACUGUCAAAGGGGAACUUAAAAAUAGUCUCAUGGGAGUGGGCUGGUGACUAGAGGAGCAGGUCAGAGAAGGUGUACAUGCAACCGAAUCCACCUGAAUUAGAAGAGCAAGACAACAAACACAAAGGUGUCAAUAAACGCAUCUAUAGUGGCUUGGUAACCGUUUUUAUUUCAAGUCAUUUGAAAUACAAUAAGUGCAUUUUUACUUGGUAAAACCAUAGGGCAUUUAGAUGGUCUGUUUCUAGCUCUUUGAUCUCGAAGGUGCUGGAUGGUACAGUAGUUUUCUUGCAUUAUUCUUGGUAGUAUACUUGAUUGAAGUGCCAGAAACUUGACCGUUAUUUUGUUGGCUCUCAUCAAAUUAUCUCAUUGUUACUUGUUGGGGGUUUUUACUUGUUCAAGCUUGUGUGUUUGUUUAUCGGCCACACCCUCAUGUUGCUUAAAGACCCUGUUUGACCUGCAACUGGAUACUUGAGUCCCAGUCAUUGGGAAACAACUGGAUUAGGCACUGGAUGGGUAACACACCCUGGGAGACAAACAAUUACAUGAAAGUAAUCCUGGGCUCGAGUGAUCCUGCCUAUCAGACGAGGUGGUAGUGUCAGAGAGUUUGUUGUGCUUUUAGUUGAGCAAAAAAAGUAUACUGAGCCAUCUAUAUGAAUCUAUACAGUGUGAUCGUUUAAAAAAAGGCUUAUACAUAAAAGGUUGCAUGCUAUCAGAAAUUUAUUUUCUAGUAUUACCAUGGUAUUGUAAUUAUCAAGGCUAGUAUUUUAGUUUGAAAUGGCCUCUUUAUAUUUAAUUUUUCUUAACUAACUCUUUCCUGUUUGGACCACUAUGGAGAUCACUUGAAGAUGUGCUUCUUUGUCACAUUAUAUGCAAUUUGUUAAUUACAAUUUAAUGAUUUGUAAAUUGUCUCAUCAUCAAUAAUGCAGCCAUGAGAAAAAGGCUCGUGUUGCAGCCCUGCUAGGUUAUAGAACUACUUGGCUAUAGCCUGCUUGGUGUUUAAGGCGACCCACGUUGUUGUGGGCACUCGACGAAAAUGUGUACCUUAUGCACUGUAACAGCACCUGGCACUUCAAACUGCUCAGCAGCAAAAUGGGCAAGACAAAUAAACCCGAGUCACGUGGUCGCCCUGCCUCGCCUCACUGCGACACUCCCAUUGCAAAUACUCAUUUACACACACUCUGCACUGCCUCCAUUGCAACGCUGUGUUUCCUGCAUGCUUUUUUUACUAACCCACGUACAGGGCUGCUUAAGCCGUACUACUCUUUGUCUUAUAAAAACCUAUCCUCUCAUAAAAGGUGUUUUCUUACCAUGGUACUUUCUGUGAAUAAUAGAAACAUAUCACACUACAUCCAGAUGUCUGUUGAACACAGGCCUCAGGCGCUUACAUCUUGUAUAUACUGGCAAGAUAAAUUCAUUAUUUGCUAUUCCCAAUACGCCAGGCGUGUUUUGUAAAUCCUUGUGUUCUCUCUGUGCGUGCAACACAUCAUUAUAAAGCAUAGCAUUGUAAGAAGAAACUGGAUAAAGUUGAAUUUACUCUGCAGACUAUAGCUCACCUGUACUACCAGCAGAUUGAGAGUGAAGAAACCUGGGUUAAACGAUGGAAAUUCUUAUAUCUCAGCUAAUGCUUCCUACUAACCUAUUUGGAAUGACAGAUGGGGAGAGUUAUGAGAAGUGUUUUUUUUCUUCUUCAAUAGGUUGAAACUGUCUGCACAAUUUUGUAACGGUCCCAAAGUGUAAACCCCACCCAACUUUAACCCCGCGUAGGUUAUUAAAAACAUGCUGGAAUGCAAAACAGCAGAUUUGCAGCCGGGGAGUGUUUGCAGCCACACAAUACGUCUCAUUCAUUCUGCGACACAGUUGAUGAGAACAAAGCCUGUGUCAAUAAAAUCCUCUUGAAAGUUGAAAUUGUACAUACAAGUGUAUGGACGGGCUUUAAAGGCCCAAAAAAUGUUUGUGAUCAUGGGACCAUUCCCAGGAUGCAGUGCGGGCGUGUGUCACUUUGUGUGGAUGUUCUUUUGUUUAUUUCCUGCCGACAGUAGAGGGUGUGUGUGGGGUUUAGCAGUUGGACUCAUUCCAGUCCACUAUGUCCAGUAAACUCCACUAUGCUAGGAUUUCAAUUUAAUAUGUUAUGCUGUAUCAUUUUUUGCUCAUUCUAACAUGUUUAAAGGCUAUUCAUGAAUAAAAAACUGUGACAUUUA